CAACAUCUUUGGUAUCAAUGAGGAAGCAAUUUCGGUGAUUGUGAAUAAAGGCAUUUUGCUGACCUCCCUCCUAACUAUGACAGAGGAGCAGGUUCGUGCUCUCUUUGAUGAUACCAGUGCUGAAGAAGAAGCCAUUCAGGAACUAACUACAGCCUUAAGGAAUUUGAAUGCUUGGACUGAUAAACAAAUAAAGGGGGUUGAUACUGAUGACAAUGAUGUAGAACUUCACUGGACCAGUUAUACUGCAUCACAAUCAUCAUCUGUGGGUGGCGGCAGCAAUGUAAGCAGCAGUGGUGAAAGAGGGGGUGGAGGAGAGGCUGGUGGAAGUGCAGCAAGCGAGGGUGGUGGUGAAGGUGGCUGUGGUGGUGGAGGUGGAGGCUCUCCAAAAUAUUUUCCCCGUCCAUCAACGUCGUCUCUUCCUCCAGACAGUUUCUUGCCACCCCAGCUGCCCACACCUCCACAGAGCACCCCAUCGUCGCCCGUGUAUCGUAACCCAAAGGAGCGACACAGGUGCACCCCUCCUCCAACGCCACCUCUGGUACGAGCCAAGCCAAUAGGCACAAAAUACCCGAGUACCCCUCCUCCAAAAAAGAAGGUUCAACUGUUCCCUGAUGCCACUUCACUAAAGAAAAGUCGCUCCUGUGAAUCUCAGUUGGCCAGUCGAGUAACCAAUAUUGACCCUGUAAAGCAAAAAAAGAAACCUGGGAACAACAAAUUGGGAGGAAGUUUUGAAAUCUUGAACAAUCGCCGGCCUUCAACAGAGGGCUCUGAGGCUGGAGGAAAUAGCCAAGGCCCGUCCCCAGUUCUCUCCCCAGCAAUAAGAUCUCCCCCUUAUAAACCAGACCAAGCCGGUUAUAGAACGAAUACCUUGUCAGUUCCAAAAUCUCCAAUAGCACUAGAUCAGUCUAUAGUGGUAGCUUCAAGCCACAGAUUUAUCACGAAGCCCGUGCCUGGGACCUGUGAUUACUGUCGGAAACAUAUUUUGUUAGGAAAAAUUUGUAAAGACUGUAGAAUAAAAUAUCACAGAGACUGUGCCAGUCGAGCCCCUAAAAUCUGUAAUCCUUCUGCUAGAGAUGGUUCUCCAAAUACAUCUCGGCGGGGAAUAAUAAAGCCAGUGAAGCCUGUUCCAAGUCUGCCGCACCAGGACUCAGGCUCGAACACGUCGUCUUGUAACUCAUCCACCCCCUCUUCUCCUGCUCUCCCCAUCACCUCCCCUACAAGUAUCACCUCUCCCUCUCCGGUUGCCUCCCCGCAGAUUGUGGUCCAGUCAUCUCAGUUUCAAUUCCCAGGUGAGGACCCUUACCCCAGAUUUCCACUUGCUCCGCCUGCUGCUUUAUUUGAUAAUUUUCAGUCCGCUUUUCAAGUAUGUGCACGUUCUGCCCCAUUGGCUCCUGCAGCCAGCAACACCUUACACAGGCAUGGCUCGCUCCAGAAUCACCGUCACCACCACCACCACCACCACCACCACCAUCAUGCCUUGCCGUCCGCAUCCUCACCAGUGACCAACUCAAAAAAUACUUGUCCGCCCAAUAUACAUUUAAAGGGCAUGCCACUAUAUGGUAGCAGUGCCUUGUCUAAGCUUGCCAACAGGCAUACCUAUGAUCGAAAGCUUGGCCUAUACACAUACCCAUGCCUUAAUCUGACCUCAACUCAGUGCGUCCACCGUAGGUCUGUAUCCACUCUCUGUUUUCCAUGCUUUUCUGCAUCGUCCGAGAAGCCAUGUAGCCAUGAUGAUGAUGAUGAUAGUGAGUGCUAUGCCGGGCAGGGCAUUGACAAUAGCGCUGGUCAGGUAUUUUCUGACCCCAUUUCGCCUCCGUCGUCUGCGUCCUCCCAAACCCCAGUGUUGAGUCAGGCACCUGUACUGCUUUUGCCAACACAGAUGUCCGCAUCAUUGCCAGAGCCACAUGGGCGCUAUCCUGAGUCCGUUGGAAUCGAGGACCAGAUGACGAGACCACAUCGGCGACAUGCCAUCACAGGUAACCAAGAGAAUGGCAUCUCUUUGAUUGGCAUGAGGGCAAACUGCUUUUAA